AUGAGUGACAUUAACAUAUUCAUCACAUCCGACUUGACCUCAUCAGAGCGGAGGGUAUCGCCACAGUGGAACCUCGACUAUUUCAAACAAAAGUUGGAACUCAUAACUGGUGUCGAGCCAAAGAAUCAACUACUUCAGUAUUUCCCCAAUAAAUAUUCCAAUGAAUUUAUCCAAAUCUCAUCUCCACUGUACUCACAGGAGAAGGACCAAGAUACUAAUCUAAACCAAUUAGGAUUGAAAGAGUAUAGUCGUAUACAUGUGACUGACUUGGAUCCAAGCUCCACGACGAAUCAAAUUUCCUCAACCAUAUCACCGUCAAUAGAUACCCCCGAGUACCAAAUGUCCGAGGAGGAGUACCGUAAGCGAAACAAUACUGUAUUGCAAUGGAAACAGGAAAAUAAGCUAGGCCGCUUUGAUCCCGAAUAUGAGCUAUUACAAAAGCACAUUGCUGAAGAGAAUGCCGCCAAAUUAGCCACAAUUCACGUCAAUGACAGAUGUCGCGUUAUAAAUAUCGAAGGGGAAAGAAGAGGUACAGUGCGGUUUGUUGGAAAGAUUGACCAUUUGGAUAACGGAAAGCAGGAUUGGGUAGGGAUUGAAUUUGAUGAGCCAGUUGGUAAAAAUAAUGGUGAUAUUGAUGGCGUGCAGGUGUUUGUUUGCCGACCUAGUCAUGGAAGUUUUGUUAAACCUAAACAGGUUGAGGUUGGCGAUUUUCCUGAAUUGGACCCUUUUGCAGAGGGUGAUUCUGAUGAAGAGUUGUAG